AUGAGUCGACAAAUGGCGGAGCUCGACAACUUUCCCGAAGGCGAGAAGGAGGAGAUGGUCCAGCUCUACGCCGCCAAAGGCAUGUCCAUCCCGGACGCGACCGCGGUCAUCGAUCUCAUGUCGAAAUACGAACACUUCUUCGUCGACAUAAUGAUGAUCGAGGAGCUGAGUCUCUUGCCGCCAAGCACCGUCAUUAGCUCGCGCUUCGUCGGGCUGAUGACAUGCGCUGGUGGCCUCGUCCUUGGCCUCGUCCCGCUCGUGUUGUUGCACGCGAGCCACUCGCUCCUCCAUGUACACCAAGCUCUCUCUGCGUGGGGCUUGAUGACGACCCUCGUGGCGACGAGCGCGGCACUGCUACGUGUCUACACGUUUACGGGCGCCGAGCACACCAAGACGUACGCAUGCGGGCGGCUCCAGAUGCAAUUACCCUACGCGAUCGAGACCUUUGGAGGCACCUUUGCUGCCAUGGGCGGGGCGGCCUGCGUGGCCGCAGCCAUCUGCCGCCUAACGUCAUAA